CCGCGCUCAGUCAGCCGGUGUCCCACAAUCCCCCUCUUCGUGCCUCUUUCCUCGCUCAAGAUGGCGCUGCUCGCAGUACAGUCUUGGCGUUGGGCAGCCGCCGCGGCUGCUUUCGAAAGGCGCCGGCGCUCAGCGAUUUUGAUCCAGCCUGUGGUCACCGUCCUCGGCUCACAUCCUCAGUGGCAGUUACGUCCGCGCGGCGCCUCAGGAACGGCUCGAAACUACCGGAUCCCAGGUUUAUUAAAAAAUGCUACAUGGCAAAGGUGGAGAAAAGACAGUUCAGCACACUUAUUAGAUGCUACAAAGGCUCUCCAGGCAUGGCCAUCAAUUGAAAAGAGGACAUGUUGGCAUGGGCACGCAGGAGGAGGACUACACACAGACCCAAAAGAAGGGUUAAGAGAUGUUGAUACUCGGAAAAUUAUAAAAGCAAUGCUUUCAUAUGUAUGGCCCCAAGACAGGCCAGAUCUACGAGCUAGAGUUGCCAUUUCCUUGGGAUUUUUGGGUGGUGCAAAGGCCAUGAAUAUCAUCGUUCCUUUCAUGUUUAAAUAUGCUGUAGAUAGCCUGAACCAGAUGUCGGGAAACAUGCUGAACAUGAGUGAUGCACCAAAUACAGUUGCAACCAUGGCAACAGCAGUUUUGAUUGGCUAUGGUGUAUCAAGAGCUGGAGCUGCCUUUUUUAAUGAAGUUCGAAAUGCAGUAUUUGGCAAAGUAGCCCAAAAUUCAAUCCGAAGAAUAGCCAAAAAUGUCUUUCUUCAUCUUCAUAACCUGGAUCUUGGCUUCCACCUGAGCAGACAGACAGGAGCUUUAUCUAAAGCUAUUGACAGAGGGACAAGAGGUAUCAGUUUUGUCCUGAGUGCUUUGGUGUUUAAUCUUCUCCCUAUCAUGUUCGAGAUGAUGCUUGUCAGUGGUGUUCUGUAUUACAAAUGCGGUACCCAGUUUGCACUUGUAACCCUGGGAACUCUUGGUGCAUACACAGCAUUCACAGUAGCAGUCACACGGUGGAGAACUAGAUUUAGAAUAGAAAUGAACAAAGCAGAUAAUGAUGCGGGUAAUGCUGCUAUAGACUCACUGCUGAAUUAUGAAACUGUAAAGUAUUUUAACAAUGAAAACUAUGAAGCACAGAGAUACGAUGCAUUUUUGAAGACAUAUGAGGCUGCAUCACUGAAAAGUACCUCUACUCUGGCUAUGCUGAACUUUGGCCAAAGUGCUAUUUUCAGUGUUGGUUUAACAGCUAUAAUGGUGCUUGCCAGUCACGGAAUUAUGGCAGGUGCCCUUACUGUUGGAGACCUAGUUAUGGUGAAUGGACUGCUUUUUCAACUUUCAUUACCACUUAACUUUCUGGGAACUGUGUAUAGAGAAACUAGACAAGCACUCAUAGAUAUGAAUACUUUGUUUACUCUACUCAAGGUAGACACCCGAAUUAAAGACAAAGCAAUGACAUCUCCCCUUCAAAUCACACCACAGACAGCUACAAUAGCAUUUGAUAAUGUGCAUUUUGAAUACAUUGAAGGACAAAAAGUCCUUAGUGGAUUAUCUUUUGAAGUCCCUGCAGGAAAGAAAGUGGCCAUCGUAGGUGGUAGUGGAUCAGGGAAAAGCACAAUAGUGAGGCUGUUGUUUCGCUUCUAUGAGCCUCAAAAAGGUAGUAUUUACCUUGCUGGUCAAAAUAUACAAGAAGUGAGCCUGGAAAGCCUUCGGAGGGCAGUGGGAGUGGUACCUCAGGAUGCUGUCCUCUUCCAUAAUACUAUUUAUUAUAACCUGUUAUAUGGAAACAUUAGUGCUUCACCUGAGGAAGUGCAUGCAGUGGCAAAAUUAGCUGGACUUCAUGAUGCAAUUCUCCGAAUGCCACAUGGAUAUGACACCCAAGUCGGGGAACGAGGACUCAAGCUUUCAGGCGGAGAAAAGCAAAGAGUGGCAAUUGCAAGAGCUAUUUUGAAGAAUCCCCCGGUCAUUGUCUAUGAUGAAGCCACUUCUUCAUUGGAUUCAAUUACUGAGGAGACUAUUCUUGGUGCCAUGAGAGACAUGGUUAAACACAGAACUUCUAUUUUCAUUGCACAUAGAUUGUCAACAGUGGUUGAUGCAGACGAAAUCAUUGUCUUGGACCAGGGUAAAGUGGCUGAACGUGGUACCCACUAUGGUUUGCUUGCUAACUCUGGCAGUAUCUAUUCAGAAAUGUGGCAUACACAAAGUAGUCAUGUUCAGAACCAUGAUAACCCCAAAUGGGGCACAAAGAAAGAAAAUACAUCCAAAGAGGAGGAAAGGAAAAAGCUACAAGAAGAAAUUAUUAACAGUGUGAAAGGCUGUGGAAACUGUUCCUGCUAAUUCAUAAGAGAUUUGUUUUUCAAUUUUUGGACUGCACAUCAAGUACAAUUCUAUGGUGAAGCAGAAUUACUGAUUUAAAACAAAAAUCAUACAUUCCCA